AUGGCAAAAUCACUAGAUGGCUCAAUUUCUAAGCUAUUCAAAGAAAAAACACAACAUUCUCUUCUUUCGAGUCAAGUUGAAGAAGCUAGUGCCACAGCCAAUAUUAGUGAAAAUAUAGAUGAGGUCAUUGAGGAACCCAUGAAUGAAGUCACUUAUGCGGAUGGAAGUGGUAAUGAGAAAGCUAGUGAUGAAGAUCAUGAAGAGCCUAUGAAUGAAAAUGUUCAUGUGGACGAAAAUGACAAUGAAGUAGCUUUUAGUGAAUAUCAUGAAAGCAUACUUGAUCUUGAGAAAGAUGUGGAAGUAAAUUAUGAUCCGGGAUUGUGGGGAAAUACUUUGAAUGAACUUAACCUCAAUAUUGAUGAUAUAAGAGGUCAAGGUUAUGACAAUUGGUCAAAUAUGAAAGGUAAACAUCAAGGUGUACAAAUAAGAACUCUUGACAUAAAUCCUCGAGCUUUUUAUAUACCAUGUGGGUGCCAUAGCUUAAACCUUGCACUAUGUGAUAUGGCAAAAUCUUGUGUCAAAGCUAGAAAUUUUUUUGCAUAUGUGCAAAAGGUUUACACUUUGUUUGCUAAAUCAACACAUCGGUGGGAUGGUCUUAAAACAUAUGUAAAGGGUCUGGCACCAAAGCCAUUGUUAGUUACUCGUUGGGAAAGUCAUGUUGAAAGUGUUAAAACAAUCCGAUAUCAAGCACCAGAGUUGAGAGACGCUUUGAUUGAAAUUGUAAAUAGUUCUAAAGAGGACAUAGUGAUGGCAGGAGCUAAAGGCUUGUGUAAAAAUGCUUUGAAGGAUUUUGAGUUCUUGAUUAGCUUAUGUAUUUGGUAUAAGAUUUUAGAUAAAGUCAAUCGAGUUAGCAAAGUUCUUCAACAAGAAGAGAUGAAUUUGGAGGAUGUAAUUACAAGAAUAAACGAGCUUAUUGUUUUCUUUCAAAAGUUUAGAGAAGACGGUUUUGAAAACAUGAUGAAAGAAGCCAAUGAACUUGCUAAUGAUGUUGGUAUCAAUCCGUCAUUUCCGAUAAAAAGAGUGGUUCGUAGAAAGAAGCAAUUUGAUGAGGAUGUGGAAGCGAACGCUGAAGGUAGUCAAUCACUGGAGGAUAAUUUUAGAGUUUCCUAUUUCCUCCACAUUAUUGAUCAAGCUCUUACAUCACUCAAAGAUCGUUUUGAACAAUUCGAGCUCUAUGAAGAAACCUUCGAAUUUUUGUUUAAUGCAAAGUUCAUGAGUAUUGGUGAAGAAAAAUUGAUGGAACAUUGCACUAAAUUACAAAGAUACACGGAACACAACCAGCAAUGUGAUAUACAUAGGAAAGAAUUAUUCAAUGACCUACGAGCUUUGGAAACAAUGUUGCCGAAGGAAGUGAAUAAAUCAAUAGACAUCCUUGACUUCAUAAGAUCUUAUUGGGAUGAUGGUGGCUAUUUUGUUAACUAUCCCAGUUACGAUUGCCUCGACGGAGAGAAGUUUUUCCAAGUUGAAAUUGAUAAAAAGUUAUCUUCGCACUACCAUGUCACAAGAAUGAUUGAAUGGAUUGACAAUGAUAUCAAUUGA